GGCCGCCCAGAUCGUGCCGCCAGAAGUAGUCCGUCCGUCGCCGAAUUCAGCGAGGAACGAAGAGAACGAAGAAAAAUAAAUCAAGCGAGCAGGCCUCCCUCUCCCUCUUAUAAAAGUGGGAAAACGACGAAAAGUGUGAAAGGAUAAAGAAUAGAAAGAAGAAUAUCUUUCUCGAGUUUUGAAGUAAUCUAGUAAUCGAGAAGUAGCAAUCAAAGUCAUCCAACAUGCCAAAGCCAAAGCCUCAGGAGGGAGAAGAUCCUGAUCCAACUCCCUAUCUCUUUGUUUCCCUUGAACAAAAGAGAAUCGAUCAGACCAAACCUUAUGAUGCUAAAAAGGCGUGCUGGGUACCCGAUGAAAAGGAGGGCUAUCUUCUUGGUGAAAUCAAAGCUACCAAGGGGGAUGUUGUUUCCGUCGGAUUACCAGGCGGCGAGACCAGGGACUAUAAGAAGGAUCAACUGCAACAAGUGAACCCGCCAAAAUACGAGAAAUGCGAGGACAUGUCUAAUCUGACCUACCUCAAUGAUGCUUCAGUACUACACAACUUAAAACAACGUUACUACGCCCAACUCAUCUACACGUAUUCUGGCCUGUUCUGCGUUGCCAUUAACCCUUACAAAAGAUUCCCUGUCUAUACUCAAAGGUGCGCAAAAUUAUAUCGUGGUAAAAGACGUAACGAAGUUCCACCCCAUAUCUUUGCCAUUUCUGACGGUGCUUACGUCAACAUGUUAACCAACAGUGAGAAUCAGUCUAUGUUGAUUACCGGUGAAUCUGGUGCUGGUAAAACUGAGAACACGAAAAAAGUAAUUGCUUACUUUGCUACUGUUGGUGCUUCAACAAAGAAAUCUGAUGAUACAUCUCAAAAGAAGGGUUCUCUUGAGGAUCAAGUCGUUCAGACUAAUCCCGUAUUAGAAGCCUUUGGUAAUGCUAAGACCGUCCGUAAUGACAACUCCUCGCGUUUCGGUAAAUUCAUUCGUAUUCACUUCGGUCCCUCUGGAAAAUUGGCCGGUGCCGAUAUUGAGACUUAUCUAUUGGAAAAGGCUCGUGUCAUCUCUCAACAGACUUUAGAACGUUCGUAUCACAUCUUCUACCAAAUGAUGUCUGGAUCUGUGAAAGGGUUAAAGGACAUGUGCUGUUUAUCGGACAACGUUCACGAUUACCACUUCAUCUCUCAGGGCAAGACUACUAUUCCAAAUGUUGACGACGGCGAGGAAUUACAACUUACCGACCAAGCCUUUGACGUAUUGGGCUUCACGCAAGAAGAAAAGGAUAACAUCUACAAGAUCACUGCUGCUGUUAUGCACAUGGGUGGUAUGAAGUUCAAACAAAGGGGUCGAGAAGAACAGGCUGAAGCUGAUGGUACAGAGGAAGGUGAAAGAGUCGCCAAACUUUUGGGUUGCGACUGUGCCGAUCUUUACAAGAACUUGUUAAAACCAAGGAUCAAGGUCGGAAACGAGUUCGUCACCCAAGGUCGUAACAAAGAUCAAGUAGCCUAUUCCGUAGGUGCUAUGUCGAAAGCAAUGUUCGACAGAUUAUUCAAAUGGUUGGUGAAGAAAUGUAACGAGACCCUGGAUACUCAACAAAAGAGACAACAUUUUAUUGGUGUACUAGAUAUUGCUGGUUUUGAGAUUUUCGACUUCAACAGCUUCGAGCAGCUCUGUAUCAACUUCACCAACGAGAAGCUUCAACAAUUCUUCAACCACCACAUGUUCGUCCUCGAACAAGAAGAAUACACUAAGGAGGGCAUUCAAUGGGAGUUCAUAGACUUUGGCAUGGAUCUCCUCGCAUGUAUCGAAUUGAUUGAGAAGCCCAUGGGUAUCCUCUCGAUUCUUGAAGAAGAGUCUAUGUUCCCCAAAGCCACAGAUAAGACCUUUGAAGAAAAAUUGAACAAUAAUCACUUGGGCAAGAGUCCGAACUUCUUGAAACCAAAACCACCUAAACCUGGUCAGCAAGCGGCUCACUUUGCUAUUGGUCAUUAUGCUGGCAACGUACCCUACAACAUCACUGGCUGGCUAGAAAAGAACAAGGACCCUCUAAACGAUUCGGUAGUCGAUCAAUACAAAAAAUCAAGCAACAAAUUACUAGUAGAAAUCUUUGCCGAUCAUCCAGGCCAAUCUGGUGAUGCUGGUGGCGGUGGUGGCGGUGGUGCCAAAGGUGGACGUGGUAAAAAGGGUGGUGGUUUCUCCACUGUCUCUUCGUCCUACAGGGAACAGUUAAACAAUUUGAUGACCACUCUAAGAGCAACUCAACCUCACUUCGUCCGUUGUAUCAUCCCUAAUGAAAUGAAACAGCCAGGUGUCAUCGAUUCUUACCUAGUCAUGCAUCAGUUGACUUGUAACGGUGUACUUGAAGGCAUUCGUAUCUGUCGUAAAGGAUUCCCCAACAGGAUGGUUUAUCCUGACUUCAAAUUGCGGUACAAGAUCUUGGCACCUGCAGCAGUUGAUAAAUGCGGUGGAGAUCCAAAGAAGGCUGCCGCAGCAAUUUUGGAAGGGUCUGGUCUUGAUCCUGAUCAAUACCGUCUUGGACAUACCAAGGUAUUCUUCCGUGCCGGAGUCUUGGGUCAGAUGGAAGAACUUCGUGACGAACGUUUAGGCAAGAUCGUAUCCUGGAUGCAAGCCUUUAUUCGAGGUUAUCUCUCGCGUAAAGAUUACAAGAAACUACAAGAUCAACGUUUGGCCCUUGUCGUUGUCCAAAGAAAUUUGAGAAAGUAUCUUCAACUUCGUACCUGGCCAUGGUGGAAAUUAUGGCAAAAGAUCAAACCUCUUCUCAAUGCUACCCGUAUCGAGGACGAAUUGGCUGCACUCGAAGAGAAAGCAAAGAAAGCGCAAGAAGCCUUUGAAAAGGAAGAAAAACUUCGUAAGGAACUUGAAGAACAAAACGCCAAACUUACCACAGAAAAGAAUGCCUUGCAACGGCAAUUGGAUGGUGAAAAGGGUUCGCUUUCGGAAUACAUGGAGAAGUCCUUGAAACUUGCUGCACAGAAAGCUGAUAUGGAAUCUCAACUUCAAGAUCUUAAUGACAGGUUCAAGGAAGAAGAAGACGCAAGAAACAAUCUAUUCCAAAAUAAAAAGAAACUCGAGCAAGAGGUAGCUGGUUUGAAGAAAGAUAUCGAGGAUCUAGAACUUAAUCUUCAAAAAUCUGAACAAGACAAGGCUACGAAGGAUCAUCAGAUUCGUAACUUGAAUGACGAGAUUGCUCAUCAAGAUGAAUUGAUUAAUAAAUUGAAUAAAGAGAAGAAGAACCAGGGUGAGAUCAAUCAAAAGACGGGCGAGGAACUUCAAGCAGCCGAGGACAAAGUCAAUCACCUUAACAAAGUUAAGAUCAAACUCGAGCAUACUCUCGACGAGCUUGAGGAUUCUUUGGAACGUGAAAAGAAAUCUCGCGCUGACGUUGAGAAAGCAAAGAGGAAAGUAGAAGGUGACUUGAAAUUGACCCAAGAAGCUGUAGCCGAUUUAGAAAGGAACAAGAAGGAACUAGAACAAACUAUUCAACGCAAAGACAAGGAACUCUCGUCGCUGACUGCUAAAUUGGAAGAUGAACAAUCGUUAGUAGGCAAACUUCAGAAACAGAUUAAGGAACUCCAAGCUAGAAUCGAAGAACUCGAGGAAGAGAUCGAAGCAGAACGUGGAGCUCGUGGCAAAGCUGAGAAACAACGUAGCGACCUUGCACGUGAAUUGGAAGAACUUGGUGAACGUCUCGAGGAAGCUGGUGGUGCUACCUCUGCUCAAAUCGAAUUGAAUAAGAAGAGAGAGGCCGAACUUAGCAAGUUAAGGAGAGAUCUCGAAGAAGCUAAUAUUCAACAUGAAGCUUCUCUUGCUAGUUUACGCAAGAAACAUAAUGAUGCCGUUGCUGAAAUGGGAGAACAAAUCGAUACGCUUAACAAGUUGAAGGCUAGGACCGAAAAAGAAAAGGUUCAGUACUUCAGCGAGUUGAACGACCUUCGUGCUACGGUUGAUCAUCUCAGCAAUGAAAAGGCCGCCCAAGAAAAGAUUGUAAAACAAUUGCAACACCAACUGAACGAAACCCAAGGCAAGUUAGAAGAAGUUAAUCGUACAUUGAAUGACUUCGACGCAGCGAAGAAGAAAUUGUCGAUCGAGAACAGUGACCUGUUGCGCCAAUUGGAGGAAGCCGAAUCUCAGGUUAGUCAAUUGUCGAAGAUCAAGAUCUCGUUGACGACACAAUUGGAAGAUACAAAGAGGCUUGCUGACGAGGAAUCAAGAGAACGUGCUACGCUUCUUGGUAAAUUCCGUAAUUUGGAACACGACUUGGACAAUAUUCGCGAACAAGUUGAAGAAGAAGCUGAGGGUAAAGCAGAUCUCCAAAGACAAUUGAGCAAGGCUAACGCCGAGGCUCAAUUAUGGCGUACGAAAUAUGAAUCCGAAGGAGUAGCCAGGGCUGAGGAACUCGAAGAGGCCAAACGAAAACUUCAAGCUCGACUUGCUGAAGCCGAGGAAACGAUCGAAUCCCUCAACCAAAAGGUCAUUGCUCUAGAAAAGACAAAACAGAGGCUUUCGACCGAAGUCGAGGAUCUUCAAAUCGAAGUCGAUCGUGCCACUGCUAUCGCCAAUGCCGCUGAAAAGAAACAGAAGGCAUUCGACAAGAUUAUUGGCGAAUGGAAACUCAAAGUUGAUGAUCUUGCCGCUGAACUGGAUGCCAGUCAAAAGGAAUGUCGUAAUUACAGUACCGAGCUCUUCAGGCUCAGAGGUGCCUAUGAGGAAAGUCAAGAACAAUUGGAAGCUGUGCGCCGUGAAAACAAGAAUCUCGCCGACGAGGUGAAAGAUCUUUUGGAUCAAAUAGGUGAGGGUGGACGUAACAUUCAUGAAAUCGAGAAGGCUAGAAAACGUUUGGAGGCCGAGAAAGAUGAACUCCAAGCAGCAUUGGAGGAAGCUGAAGCAGCUUUGGAACAAGAAGAGAACAAGGUACUCAGAAGCCAAUUAGAAUUGAGCCAAGUAAGACAAGAAAUCGAUCGUCGUAUACAAGAGAAGGAAGAAGAAUUUGAGAACACAAGGAAGAAUCAUCAACGAGCUCUUGACUCCAUGCAAGCAUCUCUCGAAGCAGAAGCCAAGGGCAAAGCCGAGGCACUUCGUAUGAAAAAGAAAUUGGAAGCUGACAUUAACGAAUUAGAAAUAGCUUUGGAUCACGCAAACAAAGCUAAUGCCGAAGCUCAAAAGAAUAUUAAGAGAUAUCAGCAACAAUUGAAGGAUGUACAGACAGCUUUGGAAGAGGAACAACGUGCACGUGACGAAGCAAGAGAACUUCUUGGUAUCUCUGAACGUCGUGCUAAUGCACUUCAAAAUGAACUUGAAGAAAGCCGUACGCUUCUGGAACAGGCCGAUCGUGGUCGCAGACAGGCCGAACAAGAAUUAGCAGAUUGCCACGAACAAUUGAACGACCUCAGUGCUCAAAAUGCUUCCAUCUCUGCUGCUAAGAGAAAACUUGAAGCUGAAUUGCAGACUCUCCAUUCUGAUCUCGACGAACUUCUAAACGAAGCCAAGAACUCCGAAGAGAAAGCUAAGAAGGCAAUGGUCGAUGCUGCACGAUUGGCUGACGAACUCCGAGCUGAACAAGAUCAUGCUCAAACGCAAGAAAAACUUCGCAAGGCUCUUGAGACACAGAUCAAGGAACUCCAAGUUCGUCUUGAUGAAGCUGAAGCGAAUGCUUUGAAGGGCGGCAAGAAAGCAAUACAGAAGUUGGAACAACGCGUACGUGAAUUGGAGAAUGAACUUGAUGGUGAACAAAGGAGACACGCUGAUGCUCAGAAGAAUCUUCGCAAAUCUGAACGACGCAUUAAGGAACUUAGCUUCCAGGCUGAUGAAGAUCGUAAGAAUCACGAACGCAUGCAAGACCUUGUCGACAAACUUCAGCAGAAGAUCAAGACAUACAAGAGGCAGAUCGAGGAAGCAGAGGAAAUCGCUGCAUUGAAUCUUGCCAAGUUCCGCAAGGCUCAACAAGAGCUUGAGGAAGCCGAAGAGAGAGCCGACUUGGCUGAACAAGCUAUUACCAAAUUCCGCACUAAAGGUCGCGGAGGAAGUGCCGCACGCGGAUUAAGCCCAGCGCCGCAACAGAAGGCCCGCAAGGCGGCGCCCUCCGCGAUGGAGUAAAAACACAGCGUUGCUGGGUCCAUCCACACCGACCUGCGUUCAAGCCCCAGUUCGAUGGUUCCGCAUUCCCGCCACGCUUCGACCUACAGCCCGAUGGUGAUUUGUAAAGAUCGAUAAAGAAUUAAUUAACCCAA